AUGCCUCGCCGAACAUCCGCUCCGAAGUGUUAUACCUGCAUCGUCGAACCCAAGCGCGGCAUAGACCAGCACUCAUGGUUGGUGAAGACAGCUGUUGAUGCCUGGAAGGCUGCCGGCCCGAAUGGCAACUACAACCAGACCGCGAGGACAGUCGCCGAUCAGUUCGCCGCACAGUUCGACCCCAACAUCUUGGCGACGGUCGAGGAGCCCAACAAGCCACCUCGCCUUGAGACGGAAGAAGAGUGCUUUGAGCGGUGCGGCGCGCGCAGGAGGACGAAAAUCGUCAAGUGGAUGGAAAACCACCGCGCCUGGAUUCAAGAGCAAGUAUCUUCGACUCCGCGUCUCCUCGAGCUCCCUACUCCACCUACCCAGCAGUCCCAGAAGCGCCGCAAGCGAGCCAAGAGUGCGCGGGACCUCUUCAAACGCGCUCACCCUGAGGUAGCCAAGGCUGCCAGGGAGGCAGCUACGGCGAAUGGGGUCACGGUGGGAGCGGAACUCUCCAGAGCAGCCGCGAUCGCUGUAUCGGAGGCCGCCAAGCGCAUGCAGACUGAGGAUCCGGAAGCGUGGGAUGUAUUCGAGCGUGCGUCUGCAGCGUCAAAGCGGGAAAUGCGCGAGAAAAAAGGCGGAAAGGGCAAAGGUAAAGCCGGAGGUGAGGACAGCGAGAGCGACGGCGAGGAGAGAGACGACGAAGCCGGCGAGGACGACGAGGGAAAGGACGAGGACAUCGCUGAGAGUAGCCCCAAGGUGGCACCGCUCGAGGAGAUGCAGAGCCGUAUUAGAUAUACUGCGCAUGCGUCCGUCGAUGAAUGGGCCAAAAACUCCGGCAUGGACGUCUUCGUAUACCUCGGGUGGGUCGAUGCUGAGGGACGAGCAAGGAAAUUCACUGCUAGUGCCGGCAAGGGAGGACGUGACGACUUAUCGACAUACAUUAAGAAUGAGCGCAUUGCGGACAGAAUGGACGCAUAUAUGCUCAAGACGCGUGAUCUGGAGCUGCGACCGGUGAACACUCAGAUGGUCGCUGGGCCUGCAGGAUCAUCCCGACCAGUCCCUGCGCCCGCGGGCCCAUCGGAGCACACCGAUCCAGUUCGCGACCAAGUAUCUCGAGGCACAUCGGAGAGUUCAACGAUCGUCGAGACUGUGGAGUCCGGCCACUCUGAACCCGCGGUCGACGACCAACACGCGCAAGAGCCACAGCGUGUCGCGUCACCUCAAACCAACCCGGAUGAACGGCUCGAUAGUGGCGACGCUGCCAUAGCACCGAGCCCAUUCAGUGGAAAACCUCGCUGUUAA